AGCCGCCGCUGCUCUGAGCCGGAGAGGAGCUGCAGCUGCGACUGUUGUUGUUUGGAAAAGGGGGACCGAGAGCCGCAUACUCUUUAGCAUGUGGAUUCCUACAGAGCAUGAGAAAUACGGCGUGGUAAUUGCAAGUUUUCGAGGAGCGGUCCCACAUGGCUUAUCGCUGGAGAUUGGAGACACUGUUCAAAUACUAGAGAAAUGUGAUGGCUGGUACCGAGGAUUUGCCUUAAAAAACCCAAAUCUCAAGGGUAUCUUCCCAUCCAACUACAUUCACUUGAAAAAUGCAUGCGUUAAGAACAAAGGGCAGUUUGAAAUGGUUGUUCCAACAGAAGAUUCUGUUAUCACAGAGAUGACAUCAACCUUAAGAGACUGGGGGACGAUGUGGAAACAACUUUACGUGAGGAAUGAAGGAGAUCUCUUUCACCGACUAUGGCAUAUAAUGAAUGAAAUCCUGGACCUGCGACGGCAGGUACUAGUGGGCCAUCUCACCCAUGAUAGGAUGAAGGACGUUAAACGGCACAUCACUGCUCGCUUGGACUGGGGCAAUGAGCAACUGGGACUAGACUUGGUUCCAAGAAAGGAAUAUGCUAUGGUGGAUUCGGAGGAAAUAAGUAUUACAGAGCUGUAUAGACUGAUGGAACACCGUCACCGCAAGAAAGACACACUGGUCCCAGCGAGCAGCCACCAUCUCUUUGUUCAGAUGAAGAGUCUGAUGUGUUCCAAUCUGGGAGAAGAACUGGAAGUAAUCUUCUCACUUUUUGACAGUAAAGAGAAUCGACCAAUCAGUGAGAGGUUUUUUUUAAAACUGAAUCGGAAUGGCUUGCCAAAAUGUCCAGAAAAGCCAGAAAGACAUUGUUCUCUCUUUGUGGAUUUAGGAAGCAGUGAGCUCAGGAAGGACAUCUAUAUCACUGUGCACAUUAUACGCAUCGGUCGAAUGGGAGCUGGUGAAAAGAAAAAUGCUUGCAAUGUACAGUACCGGAGACCUUUUGGUUGUGCAGUCCUCAGCAUAGCAGAUCUCCUGGCAGGCGACACAAAAGAUGACCUUAUUUUAAAAGUAUACAUGUGUAACACGGAGAGUGACUGGUAUCAGAUCCAUGAGAACAUCAUCAAAAAGCUCAAUGUUCGUUAUAACCUAACAGGAUCCAAUGCUGGACUAGCUGUCUCUCUACAGCUGCUUCAUGGAGACAUUGAACAAAUCAGGAGAGACUACACAUCCAUGUUUACUCAUGGAGUAUCUAUAACAAGGAAGCUGGGCUUUUCUAAUAUUAUCAUGCCAGGUGAAAUGAGAAAUGAUUUGUAUAUCACAAUAGAAAGAGGAGAGUUUGAAAAAGGAGGAAAAAGUGUGGCCAGGAACGUGGAAGUGACAAUGUACAUCGUGGAUUGUGGUGGCCAAAUUUUAAAGGACUUUAUCUCCUUUGGCUCUGGAGAGCCACCAGCCACUGAAUUCCACUCCUUUGUGCUGUAUCACAACAACAGUCCCAGGUGGGCUGAGCUGCUGAAACUUCCUAUUCCUGUGGAUAGAUUCAGGGGAGCGCACCUUCGCUUUGAAUUCCGACACUGUUCCACAAAAGAAAAGGGGGAGAAGAAGUUGUUUGGUUUUUCUUUCGUCCCUCUGAUGCAGGAAAAUGGAAGGACGCUGCCAGAUGGCACUCAUGAGCUCAUUGUGCACAAGUGUGAAGAAAAUGUAAGUCUUCAGGAUUCUAGUCGCUACCUCAAAUACCCCUUUUCAAAGGGGCAUCUCCUUGCAAAUAACCACCAAGCAGUAAAAACCACUAAGGAAUCAUUCUGGAUUACAUCUUUCCUGUGUUCAACUAAACUCACGCAAAAUGGAGACAUGCUUGACCUUCUCAAGUGGCGGGCCCAUCCGGAAAAAAUUGCAGGCUGCCUUUCAAAAUUGAAAGAUAUUGAUGGCUCGGAAAUUGUGAAGUUUCUCCAAGAUACACUGGACACUUUAUUUGGAAUUUUAGAUGAAAAUUCUCAAAAAUAUGGAUCCCAAGUAUUUGAUUGCUUGGUUCACAUAAUUAACUUGCUGCAGGACAGCAAGUUUCAUCAUUUUAAGCCAGUUAUGGACACCUACAUUGAGAGUCAUUUUGCAGGAGCUCUUGCAUACAGAGACCUCAUAAAGGUGUUGAAAUGGCAUGUUGAUAGAAUAACAGAAGUGGAAAGGCAAGCUCACAACCAGGAAGUAUUGAAGGCACAGGAAUAUAUAUUUAAGUAUAUAGUCCAGUCUCGGAAGCUGUUCUCCCUUGCUACUGGUGGACAAAAUGAGGAGGAAUUCUGCUGUUGUAUUCAAGAGCUUCUGAUGUCUGUCCGAUUCUUCCUUUCCCAAGAAACCAAAGGAGCUAGUGCUUUAUCUCAAGCUCAAGCGGUCUUUCUCAGCUCCUUCCCAGCUGUGUACUCAGAGUUGCUGAAACUCUUUGAUGUAAGAGAGGUGGCAAAUUUGGUGCGUGAUACUUUAGGCAGCUUGCCAACCAUCACAAAUGCAGAUGAGUCCCUUCAAGCUGUGAAACUUCAAUGCAUUGGAAAAACAGUGGAAAGCCAACUGUACACCAACCCAGAAUCCCGAUACAUUCUACUACCAGUAGUUUUGCAUCACCUCUAUGUGCAUCUUCAGGAACAAAAGGAUCUGAUCAUGUGCGCGCGCAUCCUUAGCAACGUAUUUUGCCUCAUCAAGAAAAAUAGUUCUGAAAAAUCAGUUUUGGAAGAAAUAGAUGUAAUUGUGAACAGCCUUCUAGACGUGCUGCUCCGAACCAUCUUGGAGAUCACAAGCCGCCCUCAGCCAGCAGGGUCUGCGACGAGACUUCAGUUUCAGGAAGUGACUGGAGAGUUUGUUUCAUGUCUGUUGUCAUUAUUACGACAAAUGACGGACAGACAUUACCAGCAACUCCUUGACAGAUUCAAGACGAGGGACGAGCUGAGAGAUUUCUUGUUGCAGAUAUUUACAGUCUUUCGAAUAUUAAUACGGCCAGAGAUGUUUCCAAAAGAUUGGACAGUGAUGCGUUUAGUUGCUAACAAUGUUAUUAUUACAACAGUAUUAUACCUUUCGGAUGCUCUUCGUAAAAACUUCUUAAAUGAAAGCUUUGAUUAUAAGAUUUGGGAUUCCUACUUUUACCUUGCUGUCAUUUUUAUAAACCAAUUGUGUCUACAAUUAGAGAUGUUCACACCUUCCAAGAAGAAAAAGGUAUUAGAAAAAUAUGGUGAUAUGCGGGUGACAAUGGGAUGUGAAAUCUUCAGCAUGUGGCAAAAUUUAGGGGAACACAAAGUCCACUUCAUACCAGCACUGAUUGGCCCUUUCUUAGAAGUGACACUGAUACCUCAACCUGACUUACGGAAUGUAAUGAUUCCUAUUUUCCAUGACAUGAUGGACUGGGAGCAAAGGCGCAGUGGAAACUUUAAACAGGUGGAAGCAAAACUGAUUGACAAAUUGGAUAGCUUGAUGUCAGAAGGAAAAGGUGAUGAAACAUACCGAGAACUCUUCAAUAGUAUAAUUCCACUCUUUGGUCCGUAUCCCAGCCUGCUGAAGAAAAUUGAACGUGAAACAUGGAGAGAAAGUGGCGUUUCAAUAAUCGCCACUGUAACCCGUCUUAUGGAGAGACUGCUGGACUACAGGGACUGCAUGAAAAUGGGAGAAGUGGAUGGCAAAAAGAUUGGCUGCACCGUCAGCUUGCUGAAUUUUUAUAAGACAGAACUGAACAAGGAGGAGAUGUAUAUUCGGUAUAUACAUAAACUGUAUGAUCUGCACCUAAAAGCACAAAACUUUACAGAGGCGGCCUAUACAUUGUUGCUGUACGAUGAGCUUUUGGAAUGGUCAGACCGGCCACUGCGAGAAUUCCUGAACUACCCCAUGCAGACAGAGUGGCAGCGCAAAGAAUAUCUUCAUCUCACUAUCAUCCAGAAUUUUGACAGGGGAAAAUGCUGGGAGAAUGGUAUUAUCUUAUGCAGGAAGAUUGCUGAGCAAUAUGAAAGCUAUUAUGACUACAGAAACCUCAGCAAGAUGCGGGUGAUGGAAGCUUCUUUGUAUGAUAAAAUUAUGGAUCAUCAGCGUUUGGAGCCUGAGUUUUUCCGAGUUGGAUUUUAUGGGAAAAAGUUUCCUUUUUUCUUACGAAACAAAGAAUUUGUUUGCCGAGGGCAUGACUAUGAGCGUCUGGAGGCUUUUCAACAGCGGAUGUUAAAUGAGUUCCCACAUGCCAUUGCUAUGCAACAUGCCAAUCAGCCAGAUGAAACCAUCUUUCAAGCAGAGGCACAGUAUCUGCAAAUCUAUGCCGUGACCCCAAUUCCAGAAGGUCAGGAGGUGCUGCAGAGAGAAGGCAUUCCAGAUAACAUUAAAAGUUUUUAUAAAGUAAACCACAUCUGGCGAUUCCGAUAUGACAGGCCAUUCCACAAAGGGACCAAAGACAAAGACAAUGAAUUCAAGAGUUUGUGGGUGGAGAGAACUACACUGAUCUUGGUGCAGAGUUUGCCUGGAAUUUCCCGUUGGUUUGAAGUGGAAAAACGUGAAGUAGUGGAAAUGAGCCCCCUGGAGAAUGCUAUUGAAGUGCUGGAAAACAAAAACCAGCAGCUGAGGACACUGAUCAGUCAGUGUCAAACUCGACAGAUGCAGAAUAUCAACCCCCUCACAAUGUGUUUGAAUGGGGUCAUCGAUGCAGCAGUUAAUGGCGGAGUUGCCAGGUACCAAGAGGCAUUCUUUGUGAAGGAAUACAUCCUGAACCACCCAGAGGAUGGAGAGAAGAUCACAUGCUUGAGAGAACUGAUGCUUGAGCAGGCCCAGAUUCUGGAAUUUGGCUUAGCUGUGCACGAGAAGUUUGUCCCUCAAGAUAUGAGACCUUUACAUAAAAAACUAGUGGAUCAGUUCUUUGUGAUGAAAUCAAGUUUGGGAAUACAGGAAUUUGCUGCAUGUAUCCAGGCCAGUCCAGUUCACUUUCCAAACGGAAGUCCCCGUGUCUCUAGAAAUUCAGUACCUGUUUCUAUGAGUCCAGAUGGUGCCAGAGUAAUUCCUAGACGUAGCCCAUUAAGUUAUCCAGCUGUCAAUAGAUACUCUUCCUCAUCAUUGUCCUCUCAAGCCUCGGCAGAGGUCAGCAAUAUAACUGGACAGUCUGAAAGUUCUGAUGAAGUUUUCAACAUGCAGCCAAGUCCAUCUACCUCAAGCCUGAGUUCCACUCAUUCCGCUUCACCUAAUGUGACCAGCUCUGCUCCAUCCAGUGCCAGAGGGUCACCUCUCUUGUCUGACAAGCUUAAACAUUCCAGAGAAAAUUCUUGCCUAUCUCCAAGGGAGAGGCCUUGUAGUGCCAUUUACCCUAAUCCUGCUGAGCCUUCACAGCCUGCAAACUCUUGCUUUGCCAAGUGGAAUGAGGCCUCCAUUCCGCGCUGCAUCAGAGAUUCACCAAGGGAGCAUGAGGAGCACGUAGGCCCAGUAUCUGCUCUCCCAGAGGCUUACCUGACAGGAAAAUCUCCUAAUCUGUCAACAUCCUCAGUAGGCCCUGACAGGAGAAUUCUGUUCAAUCAUAUUGGAGAUGGCGCUUUGCCUCGAAGUGAUCCUAAUUUGUCUGGUCCUGAGAAAGCUGUGAACAGCACUCCCAGCAGCUGGAGCCUGGACAGUGGGAAGGAAGCCAGGAAUAUGUCAGAGAGUGGAAAGCUUAUGUCUCCUCCUGUGCCGCCACGGCCUACACAAACUGCAUCGCCAGCUCGACAUGUGACCUCAAUUUCCCCUUCUCCUGCUGGAAGGUCUCCAAUGAAGGGUUCAGUGCAAUCAUUUACGCCGUCUCCUGUGGACUACCAUUCCUCAGGGCUCAUGUCCAACUCCCCAGUCUUGUCAGGAAGUUACAGCAGUGGCAUCUCCUCACUUAGUCGAUGUAGCACAUCUGAAACAUCUGGCUUUGAAACUCAAGUCCAUGAACACCCAGUACCAAUUUCUAACUGCAACAUUUCUGAAGAGCCAGUAAGAAAAGAAAGUAAGACUCCACCCCCUUACAGUGUUUAUGAACGGACAUUGAGGCGCCCUGUCCCACUACCUCACAGUCUAACCAUUCCCAUUCCUAUGGAUCCACCAGCACUGCCACCCAAACCCAUGUUGGUCCGACCGAACAAUCUGGAAAACAGUAGCAAGAGAACUGAACAGGUCCCUCGUCCUAGGCCUCUUCCACGAAAAGUGUCUCAGUUAUAAGGAAAAGAAAAGAGAAACAAGUCAUUUUGGGUAAUGACUUAAGAGGAACAACACAUCUAAUAUAGGCACUUUAAUAUUUUUCACAAAUAUUCUUUCCAGUUAUUUUGUUUUUAAAAUUGCUUAAUAUUAUGUUGCACAUUUUUGUCAAAUGAAAGUACUAACCUAGAAUGCCAGACACAGGAAACCAGACUGAAAGAACUGCAUUUGUAUUAGGUACAACAAAUGUGGAUGCAAACCAAUUUGAAUCAGAAGCUCGAUUUAUCAAACGUACGUUAAUCAAAACUAUACUUCCCCUUCACAACUUCAUAUUAGUAUGACACUGUACUUUUUAAAGCAUGCAGAAUAAUAUGGUUUAAACUAAGUAUAUAAAGAAAGGCUCCUGUAACAAGCUACAUUUUUGCGAACGUUUUGAAACUGUUUCUUUCCCACUUUUGAACCUGUUAAUUAAUUCGUGUACAUGAACAAAAAUAAUGAUAAUUCAAGUGAUUAUAUUGCAUUGGAAAAUUGCAAGGGUGUUAUUGUAGUUGAGUUCAUGAAACAAAACACUAGUUUUGGGUUGCUUUCUUUCUACUGACACUCCAUUUUAUUAAAUGUACAUAUAUACAUUUUCAAAUAUUUGGGAUUUUUAAGUAUAAAAUCUUCAGCACUUUGGUAAUAAUUUGUCUACGUAACUCUCAUAAUUUCCCCACAAUUAUUUUAUGUUAUUUGAGUUGCAAUUUACUUCACAAUUCCAUUCAAUUCAUAAAAGCUUAAUAAUUUCAAUAGACAAUUGGUUGUGGAAUUUGCACCUGACAUUUAAAAAAAUUCUUUGAUCGCAGAUGAAGAAAUUAAUGAGCAAGUUAUUCCAGUGGUUCAAUUCACUGUGUCCUAUUAAUAGUGACCAAGAAGUGGCCACUAUCAGUGCUGUAGAAAGAGUAAAUGUAAAGAAUGAAAAUAACUGGGAGCAAAUAAGUGUUUAUGGCGAAUAACAGCAGAGGGCAUUCAGUGUAAGAGUUCGGCUCAAGCAGCGGAAUUAUAAAUCCGAAUUCAGUCUUUACUAGUGAAUUGUUUUUGUUACCUAAUCCACCAUCUUGUCUGUUUUGCAGCUUCUUAGUAUCCAGAUUGUACAUUAUAGCGCAUGGCAGAAAGCCUGGGAAGUGUCUGGGAAAAGGCAGGUACCUUUCCCUGAAGGGCCCUGGCAAACAGCUCUGUGGGCUCGACAGCACAUGUCCGUUCAUGACAGGGCAGUUGCCCCUCCAACCAUUUGUACUCUGGUAGAUUACAAAAUAAUGUGGCAUGCCACAUUGGUCGUGAAGGGCUUUAACAUGCACAGAUGCAUGGCCUCCCAGCUACCCCUUCUGUGUCCUUUUAACACCUGCCUGUGCCAUUUACAAGUGUCGCAGUAUCUCUACCCAAGUGCAGGUUGUGAAAUUACCUUUAGGCAUCUUGUCCUGACAGGAAAGGAAGAGUUCAGGGCGAGGGAGCUCUGCCGGUCUGGGCUCAGAAAGGGACGGCAUGUUCAAAUCUCCCAAAAGAAAAGAGCUUGGGAUAUGAGUUCUGUCUAUAUCUAUCUUUCAGGGGUGCACAACUUCAGGCCCAGGGUCCAAUCUGGCCCUCUGGAGUUCCUCAGACGGCUGUGCCCCCUGCCCCCCUCAGCCACUGAUUCUUUGGUGGUUUUCCUGCUUUUGUGUAGUCCACCUCCCCAUUCGAAAAGGUUGAAAUGCCUUUCCUAAGGCUUGGUUACUGCCAGUAAAAGUUUUAAGCUAAAAUAUGCCGGUAUUCUUUGGCACAGCUCCUUUUGCUUUUGGCCCCCGUCCACUACUGGAAUGCGGGCCCCAAGACUGUCUCCGAAAUGGAAUUCAGGGCCAAACUAAACGUUCUCCUACUCGUGCAUAGUGGAGCCAUGCAUGCUUGUAUUCCCUAUUCUCCUGCAGACACCGCCCAGAGAGCUUUGGCUAUUGGGCGGUAUAUAAAUGUAAUAAAUAAAUAAAUAGCCCUGAUUUGGAUCAGGACCAUGGUGCUUCGAGGAGGGCUUUGAGCUUCCACUCUUUUCAUCCUGAAAUUUCACCUGCCUACCCCCGCAGGUUAGUUUUAAAAAGAAGAAGAAAGAAACUCUCAUUUGCUACCAGUGCAGACCCCCCCCCCUCUUUUUUAUCCCCUCAGGAGGAGGAAUUUCAGGAUGAAAACAGGUCAGGAGCUUCCUCUCCCAAAGCACCAUGGCAUUUGGGCUUUUGAGGUUUCUUUUUAAAAAAAACACACCUCAGCAUUCCUUCAUUCUGCUGUACAUUCCACUCCCAAAAUGUUGGGAAAGCUCAGGAGUAGGAGAAGCUAUGGUCUGAAGCAAAAAAAGAAAGAAAGAAAAAGUGGUCCCCCUCGGUGCACAGAAAAGAUUAGUUUGCAAGUAAGAGGUAUUCCAGCUUGCAGCCCCAAUUCCUGCAGAAUGCUUUGUCAGGAAGUGCCCUUACUCUUGCCAGAUGAUAUUCUAGGUGGCAUUUCACUAGAAACCGCCUGCACAGCUGUUUGAAAACUCUUCCUAGCUUCUAGGACCAUACAAACUGAAACAACUUGUACAGGCAAUUUUUCUCUUAUUCCCCCCCUCCCAAUUUACAUACUAUUUGUAACAUUUGUUUGCCAUUCUAAGUAUGAUCUGUGUUUUUAAAUCAUACCGUUAAAAGUUAUCUCCCCGUUUGGUUGGGAAGCUUGUGUUGAUUUUAACAGUUUGCCUUGUGGAUAGCUUAACUGGAACAUAGUGACCACUUUUUAUAUUCCCUCAAUGAAACCUUCAGCAGGUAUAUGCUGUUAAUGGUAGCUAUAGAGGUUUUCUAUAAUAAAUGUUCAAGUAUUUUUGUACAUAACUGGUUAAUUUUAAUAAGGAGUACAACUAUGUGGGGAAAAAGAAGCAAACAGUUGCGUAUGCAGUAAGAUUGUUAUAAUUAUGCCAAAUACUUUAUGUAAGUGGGGGACACGGGGAAGAAUAUUUGUACAUAUAUGCUUUUAACAAUAAUUCUGCCAUAUUGAUUCUACAAUGUUGAAUGUCAGAAAAUAUUAAUAUAUGUUGAAAUAUCUAUGUUUAGCAAAAGUGUUUAUAACUGGAAAAGGAGCAUAUGAAUUUUAGCUUUGUACCUUGCUGAUUUUGAAGUCCUGAGAUUUCUUGAACUAGCUCUCGCUUUUGAUCAUAACAUUUUCAUGUCUGCAUAACCAGAUUUUUGAAGCUGUUAGCUACAUAUUUAUGCUGUUGGUUUUUUUAAAAAAAGAUAUUGUAAUUUAAAUAAAGUGUCACAGACUGGAUAACAUCCACUUUGAUCCCCUCCCCACCUUAUACAUACAGCUGAAUCCGUGUGUUGCCUGGUGCUUUCAGCAUAGUCUGAAUCAGUGUUAUUUGCUCCUCAAGUCCAUUUUUAAAAUAUAUUUGACAGUAAACAACAUUUUUACUCACGUGCACGUAUUACUGAUGUCUGCUUGGCAGCAAAACAUUUUAAUGUAGUUAAAUGUUUACAGAUGGUUAUACUGGUUGCUGAAGAACCGUAAAUACAAAAUAAAAUGGAUUGAUCUUCAUUGUACAAUUUCAUUUUCUGCUGAGUGCUGCGUUGUAAAACAGUUUG